CUACAGAGAAUCUUGAACGAAAAUUCUUGGUAAGAGUUCCAAGAUCUUUGCUUGCAAAGAAAAAUGGCAAUAAUAAUGAAGAUGCUGAUAGAAUAGAAGAAGACAACACAGGCGAUCUUUCUGAUCAAAAAGAAAAGGACAACACAGGCAAUAAUUGUAAACUGCAUGACACAAACAAUAUAUCUGAGGAGAAUACUGAAAACAUAGGGCCGGAAGAAAGCAGCAUUAACCUCACCUCUGAUGUCAAGGUAGAGGAUCACAGUACUACAGCAAAAGCCAAAGACACAGUUGCUGAAACACUUUCCCCGGAAAUAAUCAAGAAGAUAUUAGAUGCACAGGAGAACGAGAUUAGUGUCAGCAUGAUUGAUUUUGCUGGACAGUUUGCAUAUUAUGCAUGUCACCAAAUUUACAUGAGAUCAUCGGCUUUCUACAUAUUGGUAAUGGACAUGACAAAAAACUUUGAAGAAGAUGUCAUUGGCGAGGAAGAAGAACAGAAGGGUUCUGUUUUUACAACUUGGAAAUACAAAGAGUAUGUAGAAUUCUGGCUGAAUUCUAUUAAAUCAUUUGGCGGCCCUGAAGCACCAAUCCUUAUUGCAGCCACACACACAGAUGGCAGAACAGAAGAUGACAUAGAUGAUUAUUUCAUAUGUCUAUGGCGGUCCCUACCAGAGGUCGACAAAACAUGGCUGUCCAAUCAUCGCAGUGAAGAAAACGAAUUUGCAUUUGAACUUAUAAACAUAAAUGAAGGCGAAAGAACGCAAAAGUUACAGUUGCUGAAGAAUGCCCUUGUUGAAGUAGUGUCAAAUAAACUGGACACAAAAAUUUUAUAG